GCGAGAGGAUCCUGGGCUAUGCGGAGGAGCCUUGCUACCUGUGGUUCGUCAUGGAGUUCUGCGAAGGGGGAGACCUCAACCAGUAUGUGCUCUCACGAAGACCCGACCCAGCGACAAACAAGAGCUUCAUGCUGCAGCUGACCAGCGCCAUUGCCUUCCUGCACAAGAACCAUAUUGUCCACCGGGACCUGAAACCAGACAACAUCCUGAUAACCGAGAAGUCUGGCACCCCUGUUCUCAAGGUGGCCGACUUCGGGCUGAGUAAGGUCUGCGCUGGCCUGACUGCUCGGGGCAAGGAGGGUGGGCAUGAGAACAAAAAUGUGAAUGUGAACAAGUACUGGCUGUCUUCGGCUUGCGGCUCCGAUUUCUACAUGGCGCCCGAGGUCUGGGAGGGACACUACACUGCCAAGGCUGACAUCUUCGCCCUCGGCAUCAUCAUCUGGGCCAUGAUUGAGAGGAUAACUUUCAUUGAUGCGGAGACCAAGAAGGAGCUGCUGGGGACCUACAUCAAGCAGGGGACCGAGAUUGUGCCCGUUGGGGAAGCGCUGCUAGAAAACCCAAAGAUGGAGCUGCACAUCCCUCAGAAACGCAGGACUUUGAUGUCUGAAGGGAUCAAGCAGCUCUUGAAAGACAUGUUGGCUGCUAACCCGCAGGAUCGACCUGAUGCCUUUGAGCUUGAAACCAGAAUGGACCAGGUUACAUGUGCUGCUUAA